AUGGGAAAAAUCAAGGAAACCUAUCUGGAAAUCAACCGGGUCCCCACCAGGAUAGCCACCGUGGGCAAACAAGUAGGCGAACAAUUCGAGGAUUCCGAGGAUCUAGUCAUCCUGAUACCCGGCAACCCGGGCACCGUGAGCUUCUACGACAAAUUCCAGAGGCGCAUCCACGAGAAACUGGGCUGCUCCGUGUGGUGCCUCGGCCACGCCGGCCACAAUUUCAGAACGCGCAAAACCGAAGCCAUACCCAGCAUGGAAGACCACAAGGACUUGUACGGCCUCGACGGGCAAGUCAAGCACAAAGUGAGUACUCGUACGAGUCACAACGAGCUUUCUAACAGCCAUUUCCAGGUGGAGUUCUUCGAGAAACACGUCCCGCACAACGCCAGGAUCCAUUUAAUCGGGCACUCGAUCGGCUCCUACAUGGUACUCGAGAUGCUCGAGCAACCCGCAAUUAAAAAACAAGUGGACAAAUCCUAUCUGCUGUUCCCCACGUUGGAGUUCAUGGCGAAAACGCCCAACGGGAAGUUCCUGAUUAAUUUUAUUAAACCCAUUAUAUGGCUCGUGAUACUCCUAUCGGCGCUGUUCGUGUCGCUGCCCGUGGCGCUCCAAAACGCCUCGGUGCUCUUGUACAUUUACAUAGUGCGCAUCCGGAGGGAUAAUUUGGACAGCAUCAAGCGAUUGAUAAAGCCCGGCGUGUUGAGGCGCGUGUUCUUCCUGGCCUACGAGGAAAUGGAUCUGGUGCUGCAGAGGAACGAUCGUAGCAUUAGAAAUAACAUCGAUAAGAUCAAGUUGUUGUACGGGAGAAGCGACGGGUGGACGCCGCUUAGUUAUUACGAGCGGAUUAAAAAGGACCAUCCGGGUAUCGAUGCUGAUUUGACGACGUUCAAUCACGCUUUCGUGUUGAACGCUAGCUUGGAAGUGGCCGAUUUGGUUUGCGAUUGGAUCGGUUCCAAAUGA